CCCGGCGCGCACGGGCCUCGCGUGGCCGGGAUUCCCGCGACAAGCAAGGCACCUCUGAAGCUCAAGUUUGUGUUGAAACCAGCUUCGCCUGUUCCCACUGACCCGGAUUACCGGGGGAUCAGAGCCCUGUGCAGCGUGCACCAGGAGGAAGAGGAGUGCCCCGGUCCUCACACUGUUGUUCAGGAAAACCUGCUCCCCCUCACAGGAUGGCAGCAGUUGUUCUGUCCCCCACUUACGCUCAGUCUUCCCUUUACCCAUCCUCUCGAGAUGGAUGCCCAGAGGAGGAGGGGGCUGGUGGCUUCCUGACAAGCUGGGUACAGGGCCUGGUGACCUUCGAGGAUGUGGCCGUGGAGUUCACCCAGGAGGAGUGGGCACUGCUAGCCCCAUCUCAGAGGAUGCUGUACAGAGACGUGAUGCUGGAGACCUGCCGGAACCUGGCCUCGCUCGGGUGUCGUGUUGAUAAACCCAGUCUGCUCUCCCAGUGGGAACAGGAGGGCAAGAUGCCGGCAGAGGAGCGAGAAGCUCUCCCAGGCGCACAUCCAGAUUUGGACACUGUAAUUAAAGCCCAAUGGCUGACUCCUAAGAAGCAUGUUUUGAGAAAAGAACACUCUAAUGGUGUGAAAGCGGAAAGGAAUCACCUUGGAGUGAAACUCAAUGAAUGUAAUCAGUGUUUUAAAGUCUUCAGCACAAAAUCUAACCUUACUCAGCACAAGAGAAUUCACACUGGAGAAAAACCCUAUGACUGUAACCAGUGUGGAAAGUCCUUCAGCAGUAGGUCUUACCUGACGAUCCAUAAGAGAAUACAUAAUGGGGAGAAACCCUAUGAAUGCAACGACUGUGGGAAAGCCUUCAACGACCCCUCCUCUCUGCGACUGCAUGUGAGAAUUCACACUGGGGAAAAGCCUUACGAAUGUAACCAGUGUUUUCACGUCUUCCGCACUAGUUGUAACCUCAAAAGCCACAAGAGAAUUCAUACACGAGAGAAUCACCACGAAUGUAAUCAGUGUGGGAAGGCCUUCAGCACGAGGUCCUCCCUGACUGGACACAAUAGCAUUCACACAGGAGAGAAACCUUACGAAUGCCCCGAUUGUGGAAAGACCUUUAGGAAGAGCUCAUAUCUGACUCAGCAUAUGAGAACUCACACUGGAGAAAAACCCUACGAGUGUAAUCAGUGCGGAAAAUCCUUUAGCAGUAGCUUUUCUCUCACUGUGCACAAGAGAAUUCAUACUGGAGAGAAACCCUAUGAGUGCAGUAAUUGUGGGAAGGCUUUUAAUAAUCUCUCAGCUGUUAAGAAACAUGUGAGAACACACACUGGAGAAAAACCCUAUGAAUGUAAUCAGUGUGGAAAAUCAUUCACCACUAACUCUUACCUUUCAGUGCACAAGAGAAUACAUAAUAGGUGGAUAUGAAUAUAGUCACUGGAAUAGCAUUCACUGACUUCUUAUUUCCAGACAGCUUGUAACUCACCAUUGAUGUGUGAACUCUGUUGCUGCGUAAUAAAUUUUCCUCCAAAACAUCAUUGUUUCAUCAAACAACAGCAUUCAUUGAUAUUAUCUCACAACUUAUCUAAGUCAGGAAUUUGGAAACAUCUGUGUAGUUCUGGCUCAGGAUAUCUCAUGAGGAUGCAUUCAAGAUGUCACAGGAGCUACAAUCUGAGUUUUUACUGCAGAAGAGUCUACUUCCAGAAUUGUUCACUGGGGUCUCUUAGUCCCUAUUGUUGGCAAGGAACCUUCAUUUCUUCACCAGGUGGAACUCUCCAUAGGCCUAAGUAGCUGUAUGACACAGCAGCAGGUUCCCACAAAAUCAUUUGGUGUGAGGGAGAGCUAAUAUGUCAGGAAGACUUGCUGUC